GGAUGUAUAUGAGCGCAGGCGGCGGGAUCUCUCUCCCUUUUACCGCCAUCGGAGCGGAGCCUUUCUUCCCCGGGUCCUCGCCACUGCGCAGCGCCGCUUCUUCAGUCCGACCUCCGGCCAGAAAGCGAAGCAUCACUCAAGACUCGGCAAAGAUGGCAGACAUCGACAACAAAGACCAGGCUGAGAUUGACCCGGCAGAUAUGGAGGACGUGGAGGAAGUGGAGGAGGAGGAGACUGGAGAAGAUGAGAACAGCAAAGCUCGUCAGCUGACUGUGCAGAUGAUGCAGAACCCACAGAUCCUGGCUGCGCUGCAGGAGAGACUGGAUGGUCUGAACGGCUCGCCGUCAGGCUACAUGGAGAGCUUACCAAAGGUUGUAAAGAGACGUGUGAACGCCCUCAAGAACCUGCAGGUCAAAUGUGCCCACAUUGAGGCAAAGUUCUACGAAGAAGUCCAUGAGCUGGAAAGAAAGUAUGCGGCCCUCUACCAGCCUCUCUUCGACAAGCGAAGCGAGAUAGUGAAAGCAGCGUAUGAGCCCACAGAUGAGGAGUGUGAAUGGAAGGCAGAUGAGGAGGAAGAGCUGACAGUAAGUAAGCAGGACGAGAUGAAGGAGAAGGCCAAGUUGGAGGAAGAGAAGAAGGACGAGGAGAAGGAGGACCCCAAAGGCAUCCCGGAGUUCUGGCUAACUGUCUUCAAAAACGUGGAUUUGCUCAGUGACAUGCUGCAGGAACACGAUGAACCCAUCCUAAAACAUUUACAAGACAUUAAAGUGAAGUUCUCAGAUCCCGGACAGCCCAUGAGUUUCACGUUAGAGUUCCUCUUCGAGGCCAACGACUUCUUCACGAACACGGUGUUGACGAAAACCUACAAGAUGAGGUCAGAGCCGGACGAGAGCGACCCGUUCUCCUUUGAUGGGCCGGAGAUCAUGUGCUGCACAGGUUGCACCAUCGAGUGGACAAAGGGAAAGAACGUCACGUUGAAAACUAUCAAAAAGAAACAGAAGCACAAGGGCCGUGGCACAGUGAGGACUGUCACCAAAACGGUGCCCAACGACUCAUUCUUCAACUUCUUCACCCCGCCAGACGUUCCAGAAAAUGCAGAGUUGGACGAGGACUCUGAGGCCGUCCUGGCUGCAGACUUUGAAAUCGGCCACUUCAUCCGGGAACGUAUCGUACCUCGGGCCGUGCUUUACUUCACAGGGGAGGCCAUCGAGGACGAUGAUGACGACUACGAUGAAGAGGGAGAGGAGGCUGACGAUGAGGAGGGAGAGGAGGAGGCUGAUGAAGAGAAUGAUCCAGAUUACGAUCCCAAGGUUUAAGUGGUGACAGUAGAAAAAUAACCCUAUCCUGAAGGACGCAGUCCCCCCAGCUGAGUGCAAGCAGCAGUGAGGCCCGGCUGCCUUUGAGGACUGCACUGUAACAGCUUCUCAAAUUAAAAGUAAAAAAGAAACAUCCAAAAAAAAAUAGUUACUUACUGCCUUAUAAUGUUUUGUAUUUUUCUUGGUAGAGAAUUUGAAGAAAGUUUCAAGAUUUUUGUUACAAAAACUCAUGGUAUGAUACUGGGAGCUGCGUAGCUCGAUAUACAUAGUAUUUUACUAGACCUGUUUUUCCUUCUCUUCCUCCUUCUCUGUACAAUAGAUAGAAUACAGGAAAAAAGAUCUCCCUCAAAUAGCAUGAACUUGUUUCUUCACUGCUAAAACUAGUUUGGAUUCUUGUGAAGUCUUUUGUUGUGUUUUCUUAGACAACAGCUGUGGGUUAGACUGCAUCGCGGCAACAUCAAUGUAUGACACACCCUUUCCUCAAGUCCCGGGUUGUCCCAUUUGAAUCUGAGCGGGGCCGAAGCACUGUAGCAUUUCUAGCUCUAGUGACGGCGGAUACAUGGGUCACCUGCAGCCCGGGGGUCUAUUCCACUCAGUAUUUGGGCCACUUGUGCAUGACUUACUUUCCAGUCGCCAUACAUUCCAGUUGGCAGACUGGCUGGCACCAGCGGUGAACCCCCUCUCCAAAAACUGGAAUGGACUUGUCUAAAUUGAGCCACAAAUGGUGUUUUUAUUUUGACCUCUUGGCGCAACCUGGUAGUCUUUUAACCAGAUCUUGGGGCAGAGAGGCUGAGGCUGCUUCAGGGCUGUUUUCUAUAGCACUUUGUACUUGAGUGGUGUCCCCUCAUUGGUUUGGUGUCAGUACUCCUAAGACGCACUUUGUGCACCGGCCUGCUUUGUGUUCAGAGGCUCGGUAGGAACAGGGUUGGGCAGAUGUAGUGCAUCAAAGAGAAACGGUUUAAAGUGCCCCCCCCCAUCCGGUUAUCACACUUACCUCACCAAAUCCUGACCGGUCAGGUGCUCAUGAGGUCCAGGUAGAUUUUAAUCACUGUGAAAGACAAGGGGGGGGGGGUAGUGUAAUGAGGCCAUCCUACUGGCCAAUCACCCUCCAUCACAAAACUCCUCAUAGUUACCCAGAAGGUCAGAGCAAUACUUAAUAGCCAGGUAGGGGGACUAAAGAGACUGUAGCUUAACACCCCCCCCCCCCCCCAUUCCAAAUGCCUUUUUUAUUUCAGUUUAAACAGGCAGGCGAGGGCUGUGUUGAGCAGCAUCAGGUCCCUCAUUCUGCAGGUAGUAUUCAGAUAAUGUUUAUUGGAAAAAAGGUGUGAGGGUUUCAGUAGGUUCCUUCUGAGCAGCUGUUGUCAAGGCAAAAUGCUAUGCUACAAAAAUACUAAUGUACUCAAUAACUACGUGUAUGUUCAUGAAUAAAUUGGUUAAACAUGUGAAA